UUAGGAUGUCGUUGGCCGGGCGGAAUCUGCACACCAUCACAGCUAUGGGACUUUAUAAUCAAGCAGAAGUCCGCCUACAAGGAAUUUUCCGACGCCCGAUUCGACCCAGAUGCAUUCCGCCAUAGCAACCCUCAACGUCCUGGAAGUAUUCAGACCCGUGGCGCAUAUCUUCUGGAUGAUGAUCCUAAGCUAUUCGAUCACGCAUUCUUUGGUAUCAGCGGCACCGAGGUUGCCACCAUGGACCCUGCCCAGAGAAAGCUACUCGAGGUUGUAUACGAAGCAUUUGAGAGUGCUGGGGAAACUAAAGAAUGCUACGCUGGCUCCAAGACUGGAGUCUUUGUUGGAAACUUUAACAGUGAUCACCUACUUGCGCAAACUCGGGACUCGGAUUUCUCAUCGCCUUACUCGUCUACAGGUGCAGGUGCGAGCAUCCUGAGUAACCGAAUCAAUUUUCUUAUGGAUCUUGUUGGGCCAAGUGUUACUGUUGAUACCGCCUGCUCGUCGUCCCUGUUUGCUCUUCAUCUUGCCGUCACCGCAAUUUAUCGAGGUGACUGUGAGUCAGCUAUCGUUGCAGGAUCGAACCUUAUCAUGACUCCCGAUGUUCAGCUGAUGCUCACCAAGCUUGGAGCAUUAUCGCCUACAUCCAGCUGCCAUACUUUUGAUGCUUCAGCAGAUGGAUACGCACGUGGCGAAGGAUUUGCGGCUUUUUAUAUUAAGAAGCUGUCCGAUGCAGUAAAAAAUGACUACCCAGUGCGUGCUGUUAUCAGAGGAACCUCAAUCAACUCGAACGGACGAUCCGCAGGUCUGACCCACCCAAGUUCUCAAGGCCAGGAAGCGGUCAUAAGGCAAGCUUACCAGAACGCACAACUCGAUCCAAAAGACACGGGCUAUUUCGAAGCGCACGGCACAGGAACUCCUGUCGGCGAUCCCAUUGAAGUGGCAGCAAUCGGAAAUGUUUUCGGUACUAGCACGAGCAGCAGUCCGUUGCUUAUUGGAUCAAUAAAACCCAACAUUGGACAUACGGAAGCAACGAGUGGAUUAGCUGGAAUCAUGAAGGCAAUCCUAGCACUGGAGGCAAAUCUGAUCCCCCCAACACGUGGCAUCAUAGCGCUCAAUCCUAAGGUGGAUUUUACGAAGGCUAACGUACAGGUUGCCACGGAAACUCUCCCUUGGCCCGCGGACAAGUUACGCAGAGCCAGUAUUAACUCUUUCGGAUACGGGGGCGCCAACGCUCAUUGCAUUCUCGACCAUGUCUCAGUACUUAUCCCUGAAUUAUCGGAAACUAAUAGCGUUGUCUCCUUGGACACCAACGGAAGCAUCGAGACUUUUGCUAAUCGGCCUCCUUGCACACCCAACCUUGCUCGACCAAGAAAGGUGCGAAGCGCGAGUGCCAGCACUAGGAGACUGACCCUUCUUCCUCUAUCAGCCCAUGAUGAGGAUGCUCUCAAAACGAUCGAGAGAAGAAUCCUCGAUAAUAUAGCGAGCUUGCCACUAGCUGAUGUUGCAUACACUCUCGCUUGUCGCAGAUCGAAGUAUCGUCAUCGCUCAUACAGUGUGAUGCAACUGGACAAUAGUGGCGCUACAUCCGUCCUCAGCAAAGGAAAUCCUCGGAAGCUCCAAGAUGUACAUGUUCCAACGAUUGCUUUUGUCUUCACAGGACAAGGAACUCACUGGUCUGGGAUGGGAUCGACAUUGUUAGAGUACGAGACGUUCCGAACCACAAUUGCAUAUCUUGAUGCUAUCUUGUCCCGGCUUUCGUUUGCCCCCGAUUGGAAAAUUCAAGAUGUAUUAUCUGGUGCAAGUGACCUUCCAAUCGGGUCGCCGAUGAUAUCUCAGACCGUCUGUACAGCUUUACAGAUUGGCUUGGUUGAUCUCUUAAGGACCUGGGAUGUAAAACCGACGGCAGUCGUCGGGCACUCUUCUGGAGAGAUUGCUGCUGCCUACUGUGCUGGACACGUGAGAUCUGCAGAAGCUAUCGCCAUUGCAUACUGUAGAGGCGUGGCAGUGUCUAAAAAUGAACAAAAAGGUCUCAUGCUUGCCGUAGGUCUUGGUGAACUCCAGGUGAGAUCUUAUCUCAGAGACCGGUACGCUACGAUUCAGUUGGCAGCGAUCAACUCACCGGAUAGCGUCACUCUUUCAGGAGACGCGGACUAUAUAAAUGAUCUCUCCGAUCUAUUACACUCCCAGGGCAUAUUUACUCGUAUCCUCCAAACUGGUGGGAAUGCAUAUCAUUCCUUCCAUAUGGAACCGCUCGGUUUGGAGUAUGAGGUGUUACUCACACAGGCUCUCAAGGAGCUAGAAAUGGAGCAACAGCCAAGCAACGAAGGCUAUAAUAGCCAGAUUACUUGGAUAUCUUCGGUGUUUCCAGACAUCUCUAUGGCUCAAUCGAGAACGAAGCCACUCUAUUGGCGCCAGAAUCUCAUCUCGACGGUCCAGUUCUCAGCGGCUGUCGUAAAUAUCCUCCACUCAGAAAAUCCUCGAGUCGAUAUGAUGGUUGAGAUAGGGCCACACUCGGCGCUGAAAUCCCCUCUGGCACAGAUCUGGGCCACCGAGCGGGGAGAAGAUGUCGGUAGAGUUAUUUAUCAUUCAGCCCUCUUUCGGGGCCAGGAUGGUAUGCAGACCCUCCUCCAACUCUGUGGGUCACUCUUCUGCGAAAAUUACCCUGUAGAUUUGGUAGCGAUGAAUUCCGAGGACCAUCUUGUAGCUGGAGAGCACGUUCAUCGCCACGGUCGGACUACAGGAAGCUUACCACCUUACAGUUUCAGUUAUGGUCUACCUAUAUAUAGUGAGAGUAGGAUAAGCAAAGAGAUGCGCUUAAGACGCCAUGCUCGACACGACCUUCUAGGAUCAAGACAGCCAGGCUGUUCUACGAAGUCACCUUCAUGGCGUAAUAUCCUGCGAAUCAAAGAUGUGCCUUGGUUGGAGCACCAUAAGUUGCUUCCUCAUACUGUAUUCCCUGCAUCAGGCUAUAUCUGCAUGGCGGUGGAAGCAGCCAAUCAAGUCUUUGCCGAGCAAAACUCACUUGAAAACAUCGGAGGAUACAUUCUCCAGAAUGUUGGUAUCCAGAAAGCAAUGCGCAUACCAGAGGACGACCGGGGGCUCGAGAUAGUGUUCGAUUUGGAACAGCGCCAAACCGCUAAUGGAGCAUUGCAUCGAUUCCGGGUCAGCUCAGUGACCCAGCCAGAUGGUAUUUGGAGUGACCAUUGCUCGGGAGAAAUAAGGGUUAUGAAGAAGGGUUCACUAGCCAAAGAGUUUCAACCUCACGAAAAGAUAACAAGCCCGCCUGAUCCCCGCAUACUGAGCAGUGACCGAUGGUACAACACCUUUUCAGACACGGGUAUCAGCUACGGUCCCUCGUUCCAAGCAAUAUCAGAUCUGAUGUCCAACCCUCAGAGCGAAACCGUUUCGGCAAAGAUCGCGCUACGCACGACGAAAGAAUUCUUUUCCGGGGAAGAGUCAUCCUACCUGCUACAUCCAGCUUCUCUGGAUGCCUGCCAUCAGCUUGCGAUUGUCGCUGGCCAUCGAGGCCACAGGGAUAACGCGCAGCAUGCGUUCGUUCCGAUCUUUUUUAGGCGAAUAUCACUCUGGACCCCGAAAGGCCCAGUCCAGGACUCUGCUUUUGCUGUUUGCCACAGCACUCGUCGCGGUAUCAGAGGACUCUACGCCCAGAUUCAGCUCAUGAGUCAUGAUAGAGAGCCGCUUCUAAGCAUAGAGGAUCUACGGUGCGUUGCGUAUGGAGAGAAUACAGCUGCUGUCAAAACUCCUCGUCGGCCAUAUCGAAACCUGGUAUGGAAGCCCGAUAUUUCCAAAGUCAGCCAGGAGUAUGCAGACAAGAGCUUCGCCCCUCCAUCCAUUGGGCUUGAGCUUACCUCAGACAUGGACAGGCUCGAUCGUCUUUGCGCUUAUAUCAUCAUGGAAAUGUCUACGGAUCCGGAAUCUCAGCUCACCAAGCCUGAUUACGAGCCCCACAUGAUCAAAUUCCUUUCGUCGAUAAGAAGACGUGUGGACCCUGAGGAUUCUGUGCUUUGCGAAGCGGCUUCCGUUUCUAGUAUUGAUCGGCUCGCUACGAUAUCUGCCAUUACCACCCAGAUGAAAGAGAAGAUUGAGGUGCAACUCAUCGAUCGGAUCUUUCAAAAUCGUGGGAAUAUAUUCAACGGUAGCAAAAGCGGCCUUGAGGUCGCCCUUCAGGAUGGACUUCUCACUCAGCUGUACACAUCAAGCAUAGGGAUUGCGGGAGCGUAUCCCCAAUUGAGUCAACUCGUGGAUCUUUGCGCGUUUCGAAGUCCUCACAUGAACAUUCUGGAGAUCGGCGCUGGAACAGGCGGAGCAACAGAUGUGGUCUUGAGAAGUCUUCGGGCUGAUUCGCCUGAGAGAUUGUUUAACCAAUAUACUUUCACGGAUGUCUCUACGGCCUUCCUCACUUCAGCUAGGUCUCGAUUUGACCAUGGCGGGUUCAUGGUCUUCAAUACACUCGACUUUGAAAGUAACCCGUUGGAGCAGGGGUACGAACAACAGUACGAUCUUGUAAUCGCAUCGGAAUGCCUCCAUACGUCAAAGAAUGUCGAACAAGCACUUCGAAACGUGCGAUCACUAGUCAAACCCAAUGGCCAGCUACUCAUUGUUGAGACUACGCGAACAUUGAGGGCACAUGGACUACUCCUCGGAACAUUUCCCGAUUACUGGGUGGGAACAGAAGACUACCGUACUGAUAGUCCGUUCCUGGACGAACGCCAAUGGGACUCAGUCUUGAAGCUGGCAGGUUUCUCUGGGAUUGAUCUCCAGCUCAAAGACUACCCCUCUCCGUGGAAUAUUGCCUCUGUUUUCUUAUCCACUCGUAAAGAAGACUUCGUACCGGGAACAAUCAAUUACAGCGAUCCUGUCUACCUUGUAAAUGGGAAGGAGAGCAUCGGCCUUUGCGAAAUGGUCGCAUCGAGAUACGAUCAGAUCAGCGUCCCUGUAACACAAGAGACUCACUCACCAAUUGGAUCUGCUCGAGCCAUUUACUUCCUAGGCUUCCAGCAGCUCACAGAUCUUCAAGAUGGGUCUUGGUUCGAAUCAGUCAAGCAGGCUGUACAGCAUUAUCGCUCAGUGUUGUGGAUUACGCAAUCGAAUGUCACUGGUGGAGCAGUCCCCACGGCAGCUCUGGUGAUGGGGCUGCUUCGUGUCAUUUCUGCUGAGAACCCUCAAGCUGCCCACGUCAUAGUCGAUAUUCAGAGAGACGCAGCGGAAGGAGUGGACAUGCGCCUAGCAACUCAGUUGGUACAACUAGAGUUGGAUAUGCAAGGCAGCCAGAAUGCAGAAUAUGCUGAAAGAGAGUAUGUGUGGAGGGACGGCUGUCUCAGAAUCAGCAGGUUAGUUGCUGAUCACUCCCGAAAUGACGGCUUCCAUUUGCUGCAUUCUGAGCGGGACACUUUCAUGGACGUACCGCUCAGAGGACAGAAACCAUUCAAGAUUUCUUACCAAAAGCCGGGAAUUCUUUCUACAGUCUUCUUCACCCCCGAUGAGGAGUUUCUCCAAGAUCUUCCUGAUGAUUGGAUAAUCGCCAAGACAGAAGCUGUUGGGCUCAACUGGAAAGACGCAGCAGUUGCAACGGGUCGGUUCGAUCUCAACAACGCUAGCACCGAAUUCUCUGGUGUCAUAACACAGAUAGGAAGCGGGGUAUGUGAUUUCAACGUCGGAGAUCGAGUUUACGGGUUUGCUUUCGGCCACUUUGGGAAUUACAUGCGACUUCCAGCAACUUUCGCUCGGCGAAUGCCGGAUACAGCGUCCUUCGUCGACAUGGCAACUGUCCCAGUUGUCUUCGCUUCGGCACUGUACGCGCUCAACCGACUUGCUCGGCUCCGUGCGGAUGAAAGCGUCUUGAUUCAAUCAGCUACUGGAGGCCUGGGCACGGCUGCAAUCCAAGUAGCAAAGUCAAUCGGUGCCACUAUCUAUGCGACGGCGGGCUCUGAGAAAAAGCGUGCAUAUCUUUGCGAGGAAUUCGGAAUCCCAGUUGACCGCAUUUACAGUUCACGAGAUGUACCUGACGUACACACGUUACUCAAUAUAUCCGGAGGUGUGGGCUUUGACGUCGUUCUAAGCACAUCUUCUGGCCUAAUCAUGGAUGUAACUUGGAGUGCAAUGGCUACGCAAGGUAGAUUCAUCGACGUUGGUCGCGUUGAUGUUCAUGGACAUGGAAGCCUUCCACUUGAGCCAUUCAACCGCAAUGCAACCUUUUCUUCUUUCGAUCUCGGACGACUGGGAAUGCGGCAUCUAUCUGAGUUGAUGGGCGAGGUGGAUGAGCUUGUUCAAGCCGGUUCCAUAAAGCCUAUUUCGCCUGUCACAGAGUUCGACAUCAGCCAACUGGGAAGCGCACUCGCCAAACUGUCUGAAGGGAAGCACCUCGGAAAACUAGUCGUCAGCUAUGGGGAACAGGAUUCCUUGAUUCGAAUGACACCCUCGUGGCACACGGCGGCAUUCGAUCCGAAUGCCUGCUACGUCAUCGCGGGUGGACUGGGUGGGCUUGGGAGGAGCCUGGUAUCGUGGAUGACCACCCGCGGUGCACGCUACUUCAUCUCGCUAUCCAGAAAAGCCGAUGCGAUACCCGAGGCAUCUUCCUUCAUUCAGAGCAUGCAUGCCAAGGGGAUCCUCAUAGAACCAGUAGCGUGCGAUAUCACGGUUCGAGACGAAGUGAACUCAAUCAUUGCCACAGCUGCAGGCAAACGGACUGUGAAAGGCGUCGUCCACAUGGCCAUGGCACUCAGAGACAAAUUGUUCGCCAACCUCUCUCUAGAAGAGUGGCAAACCGGACUUGCGGCCAAGGUGCAGGGUGCGCUCAACCUCCACGAUGCCACACUAAACCUUUCCUUGGACUUUUUUGUCAUGACCAGCUCCGUGUCGACACAAAUUGCACAGCCGACUCAGGCUGCCUAUUGCGCGGCAAAUAGUUUUCAGGACUACUUUGCACGUUACCGUCGCAGCCAAGGGCGCCCAGCGACCAGUAUCGCAUUCGGCUUGAUCCACGAGGUUGGUGAGCUCGGCCGCAGGAUUGAUGUGCAAAACUCCAUGGGCCGCAAGAACCUCUAUGGCACAGGAGAGGCUGAGUUUCUACGCCUCGUCGAGGCUGCGUUCUUCCCGCCGCAGACAGACCGAAGCGAAGAUGCUGACCCGUUGGCGACGGCGCACAUAGUCACUUCGCUGGAACCAGCGCUGCUCCUCGCAAAACAGCAGGAGAACAGCAACAAGGGCAUCACAACAACGCCACCUUGGCAUCACGAUCCGCGGUUCUCCCACAUCCUCCGCGAGAUGCAGACGUUAGCUGCGACCUCUGAGGUCGCCGAAACAGCUGGGACCCGAACAUCUCUUUCAGAUCCGGCAUCCUUCCGAGCAGCACUCGAUGCUUCCAUGCGAGCCGGCGAUAGCAAACAGGCGAGAGACAUCGUCCUAAGCUCGAUUGUCAACCGUGUGGCCGAGAUGCUUUUCAUUGCGCCGGAUACUCUGGACCCGCACUUGGGCGUAUCUGCGUACGGUAUUGAUAGUCUAGUUGCAGCCGAGCUGCGGGGCUGGUUCAUCGCUACCUACAACAGCCAGAUUUCGUUUCUGAAAUUGCUCGAUCCUAGCACGAGGAUUUCUGAUCUCGCGUCAUUUGUACUGGACGAGUGGGCUGAUUUGGGCAGUAAUGUCUGAGCGGUGGAUGAGGCUCCGUCGGACAGUGAGGCUGGAGAACAUUGGAAUGGUCUCGUCUUAGGUGGCUGAUUACAGGAUGUGUCAGGUGUAAGUAGCAAGCAGAGU